UCUGUCCAGAGAGACAAGAGUAAACAAUGUUGCAAUGCAUAUUUCUACUCUCAGAUUCCGGCAUUUGAUUUGAAUUGGUUUGUCGGAGUUGGAGGAAGAAGAUGAUUGAUCAUGAAUCGUAUUUGAAUUUGAAUUUGAAUUUCACAGUGAGGUUAUGCUUGAGAAACAGCUCACCGGUCAUCGUGUAGACCGCUCCAUAUGUGAUUGGUUCUGGAACCACGCUCUUUCUCAAGGCGAUUCCUCUAAGUUACAACCAGUAAUUGCUUCACCAACACACUAUCUUUUCCAAAUUCUUCGUGAGGGGAUCACAUUUUUAGCAUGUACCCAAGUUGAAAUGCCACCUCUGAUGGCUAUUGAGUUCCUUUGCAGGGUAGCUGAUGUCCUUUCAGAUUACCUCGGAGGCCUCAAUGAAGAUUUGAUAAAGGAUAACUUCAUUAUUGUAUAUGAGCUUUUGGAUGAGAUGAUAGACAACGGCUUCCCUCUCACUACAGAACCUAAUAUCCUGAGAGAGAUGAUUGCUCCACCAAAUAUUGUUAGCAAGAUGUUGAGUGUUAUGACGGGUAACAGUUCCAAUAUGAGUGACACACUUCCUGGUGCAACAGCAUCUUGUGUUCCAUGGAGAACUACAGACACAAAAUAUGCUACUAAUGAAGUUUAUGUUGAUCUUGUUGAAGAGAUGGAUGCAACUAUUAACAGGGAUGGGAAUCUGGUGAAAUGUGAAAUAUAUGGUGAAGUCCAAGUAAAUUCCCAUCUGUCAGGUCUUCCUGAUCUGACCCUUUCUUUUGCAAACCCUUCUAUUCUUGAUACUGUAAGAUUUCAUCCCUGCGUCCGGUUUCGCCCAUGGGAAUCUGAUCACAUUCUUUCGUUUGUGCCUCCUGAUGGACAAUUUAAGUUAAUGAGUUACAGGGUUAGAAAGCUGAAGAGCACUCCAUUAUAUGUGAAGCCACAGCUGACUUCAGAUGCUGGGACAUGUCGUAUUAGUGUGAUGGUUGGAAUACGCAAUGAUCCAGGAAAAAUGAUUGACUCCAUAACUGUACAAUUUCAACUACCUCCUUGCAUUCGGUCUGCUGAUCUUUCCUCAAAUCAUGGAACAGUCAACAUUCUUGCUAAUAAGAAAUGUGUUUGGUCAAUUGAACGGAUUCCAAAAGAUAAAACCCCUUCAAUGUCUGGAACAUUAGUUCUCGAGACUGGAUUAGAGCGGCUACAUGUAUUCCCCACAUUCGAAGUUGGUUUUAGGAUUAUGGGAAUUGCCCUUUCUGGUGUUAAAAUAGAUAAACUGGAUCUAAAGAAUCUACAUACUAAACCUUACAAAGGUUUCCGGGCUCUUACGCGUGCAGGGGAAUUUCAAGUCCGGUCAUAGUCUAAUGAUGUACUCGUUUCAUUUUCCGAAUGCUGCAUGGAAUUGGACAUAUUUGUCUUGUAAAUGGUGGGAUCUGUAGUUUUAUACAGAUGUGAUUUUUGUGGUCUGCAUAUUUUUUUGUUGCUUUGAUUUGAUUUUAUUUCAUUUUGGGGUCAAGGAGAGAACAUAAGAAAGAAAAAAGAGGCAAAUGUAUUUAUAGAUUGCAGCCAGAAAGAAGGCUAGACUCUUGAAUAUUAUGGUGUAAAAUAUCCUCUUGGAUUGACAAUUUUUCUCAUCAACACAUUUGGAAAUGGUCGAUCAA